GGCAUCCAGUAACGAAGGGACGACGACCGAGACGCUGACAUCAUCUCUCCGACCGCUGUCAGUGACAACGGGGUUUCAGCCGUGAACCAGACCGUCAAACACAUGAGUCCAUCUGGUGGAGUUUCAGCACUGCCAGACGACUUCCUGUAUAAGGUUGAGACCAUGCAUGACUUUGAGGCAGCGAAUUCAGAUGAGCUGGAACUGAAGCGAGGUGACAUCGUGUUGGUUGUUCCUACUGCUUCUGUAGAAGAUCAGGACGCUGGCUGGCUAACAGGGAUCAAAGAAAGCGACUGGUCAACAAUGGGCGUGGGUGCACAAAGAGGACUGUUUCCAGAGAACUUUACCCAGCGUUUGGAGUAAAGCAGAGCUGCUUUAGCUGCUGUAAAACAACAUCAGGAAGUGUCAGUGUGUAGGUAAACCAGUCAGCAUGUAGCGCCCCCUUCCUGAAAGAAACCAACGAGCUGCAGCAGCUGAGCUCUGGCGACGCACUGCAAAGUUCAACAUUUACAGAGGCGGAAAUGUUGGUCUUAAAAACAACUGGUAAUAAAUAAGCAUGAUGUGAUACUAUGUUGUACCCUUACCAAAACUGUGUGAGUGUUGUUUUUUUUUUCUUUUUUACAAAUCAAAUAACACUGUAAGGCUAUCUGGAAUCCUGCUGUGACUACAUAUGAACACUUCCAACGCAUCAAUCUGAAAAGGACACACCUGUACCAUUGCACCAGCUGUUGUAUUGGUUUUCUUGCUCUGCUGUUCAGUAUACCAGAGUUUGUGAUGCUGUGAUGUAUUUCAAUGUUUCUGAGUGAUGAAACUAUUAAGUUUGUCAUUACUGGUCACCUUUGUUCACUUGUUCCCCAGUUUGUAUGGUAUCAUGGCUGAAUGUUUGGUUGUGAUCAUUUGUCUAAUUACUAAAGGGAAUGGAGACUUUUACUGUGUGUUUUUGCCAAAUUAAUUGUCAUAUUAGUACUGGCAUCUUUAUGGUCAUCCAGCAUGAAAAAUGUUAGUCUCAGACCCAUGACCUAAACUAUUGUAAAGAGGAUCAAUUAUAUUCAUAUCAGCCAUAUUAUUAUUCAUGUUGGGUUCAAAGAAGGCAGUUUUUAACAAAUACAAUAUGCAAUCUUUGUUGUGGGUCUGUGUAUGGAAGGGUUCAGGUUGACACUAACACUUAAGGUUUGGGUUAACCCUAACCCUGAGUGUUGAUAAAGAUGAGUUCACUCCCUUUGAUGGACACAUUAUUCCACGGUGUACAUGUUCAUGUGAUAUAGAUACUACAGUCCUUUAUGUGAAGAUGAGUAAGUUAUAAUAAAAAAUUAUAAGUACAAUCU